UUCUCCUUUGUCUGAUCUCUGCUAGAAUGUGCAGAAUCUAGAAUGGAGCAUGGUUCCGUCUCUUUCAAAGUCCAGAAAGCAAUGGUAGUUUUCAGUGCUGGAGUUGGGCUUCAUUCUGAACCAGAAGUGCCUUGAGGACAGGGAAGGAGAGCUCCUAAAGUAAUAGCCAAGAAAAAAUAUUAAGAUAAAAUAAAGACAUGGCCUAUGAUACUGAUGAGGAAUCUCUCACACCUGAGAAAAAGUCAGACAACAGUCGGUCCCGCAUACGAAACCCAUUCAGUUUAUUUUCCUGGGGAACCAAAAAGGUAAAGGAAGAUCCAGCCACACCAGGGCAGCCCGCAGUGACUGCGCAAGGCAAUGACUGGCAUCUGGCUAACCCUGAAAAGGAAGCCAUCACUGUCACUUUACAUGGGGCCAAAAACGUGCCCUCUACCAAGAAGGGGAAUGUCCCUAACCCAUAUGUCAUUGUUAAAACUACUUCAGAUGAAGAGAACAAACAGCCAGCCCAAGGAAUAACUCACACAACCAUAGAGCCGACACACUCUCCAACAUGGGAGGAGAAGGUGACUGUGGAAGUUGACUCGGCCAAGGCUGGUGAAGAAGAUGUUUCCCUGACUAUAGCAGACAAAGAUACCAAGGAGAUCUUAGCAAAAUACAACAUCCCUGUGAAGUACUUACGGCCCUUCCACCAUUAUCAUUGUGGACUGGUGCUGCCUCGAAAGAAGGACCCGGUAGGGACAACGCUGUAUGCAACCAUCAUGCGUAAAGGCAGCCUCAUCCCACGAUACGGCGGAGUGAAUUACACAGGCUUGGAGGUUUUCUUGAAAGGCAUCAAUGAGCGUUUGGCACAACCUGAUGGCACCGUCAUUGCCACUGCCAGAAUUGUGAAUAACCUCACAGCUUAUACAAAUGAGAUGAAGUCUCGACCGCCUGGUGCUCCUCCUGUUCCACUGACCCUUGUCAACUUCCCAGAACCCACAAUGGAGGAGUUUGAUGUCCCACGAGUCACCAAUCAUGGAUACCCUCAGCUUUCUCCACCUGCUGGGCCUCCUGAGCAACCAAGAUGGAACUCAUCCUACUUGUUUCAAGGAAGAGAUGGAGCCACCGCUUUCUCAGAUGAUACAGCCCUGGUGAUCGAAUACUUCAAAUCAAGACCUGGAGAAGAGCUGGAAAGCAGCCCCAGGCCCUUGGGCUUCUCUGUGCUGCCGCUAACCAACCGAGUGUAUCGCAAGCUGGUGGCAGACAGCAGCAGGAGUGGUGUCCGAAUCGAAAACCUUCCCAUCCAGGAUACAACUCUACGAACCACAUCUGGAGAAAUCCCAACUGUCCAACUUGGUCUCCAAUUAAUCAAUUCAGAGCGACCGGAUGUGUUUCUCACUUCAUCUACCACAAACGGCCUUCCCGUCUUGGAUACAAACCUUGUGGGACAACUGGGAACUAUUAAAGAGCCAUGGACCAGGCCGCCUUCAAAAACGGAACAGACCAACUUAGUUCCAAUGACUCACCCAAAUAUCUCCUUCAUUAAACUUGAAAGUAAGACCUCCCAAACAGACCUCCUCAAGAUCCCAGAAGAUGCAUUGCCACCCCAUGAUGCUGUGGCUGACAUCCUGCCACAGACUGAUUUUGCCAGGCCGGUCGUUGAAGAGAUCCAGGAGAUGGAGACAGACAACUAUCGGGCAGCUAUGCAGAAGAUGGCGGAAGAUAUCCUCUCCCUCCGUCGGCAUGUUGCCAACCUGGAGACUGAGAACAGCACCCUGAGGCGCAACCUUGCCAUGCAUGAGGAUGUGGGUCGGGCCCUGUUCCACGACAUUGACUUGGACGUCAUGACCAAGGCAGAAAUAGUCGACAAGAUAGUGGCCCUCAAGCAAAAACUGUCUUCUGGAGCUCGAGAUAUGGCCAGGAUGAAGGACCGGGUGCAAAGGUUGCAGAAUGAACUCAUUCGGAAAAAUGAUCGGGAAAAGGAUCUGGUGAUGCUACAACGUGUUCAUCAGCAGCAACAGAUGGUGCUGAGGAAAUAUCAGGCCAAGAUAGCCAAGAUGCACGCGCUCGAAGAUGCUGUGAGGCAGCAGGAAAAGGUGAUUGAGAGAAUGGAGCGGAUGCUCGAAAACAAGAUGAAGAAUCGCUUCAAAGAGGGAGCCCGGUUGUCAGACUUACCACAAGGAACAGGCCCAGGUGACAGCUGGUCUAAGGAUCUCUACUCGACCCUGCUGAUGGAGAACAUGAGGCUACGGGAUGAACUUAGCAAAACCUCUUUCCGUUCCCCCAUCAUAAUGCAGCAGCAAGCCUUACCAGAUGCAUUUUCUGCCGGCACUGAAAAGCUCUCAUUAAUUUCAAAAUUGGAAAAGGCUGAGGCGCGCAUCCAUGCUCUGGAGUGCCAGCUGGCGGAAUCUGCCCGAAAGUGGGGACGGGAGAAGCAAAGCUAUAGCAAUCGGCUUUCAGAACAAGAUCUGGGGUUCAUCCGCUCUCCAUCCUCUCUCAUACUCCAGGAUUAUUUGCUGGACGAGAAGGAAGGGAGAGGGGAUGAAGAUGAGAAGGUCAUCAAAGUCCGUACAAUGAAGAACAAGUAGCCUAAUGUUGGAAGGCUCCAUUCAUAGAAGACUCAUUAAAAUUCACUAUCACAUGCCAAGCAUCAGUGCCUCCAUCCUCUACCAUAGCUCUGCAGGGGCAGCAGCAUUCCACAUACUGUGCUGGGACAGAUGACUUAUUGCAAAAUAUAUUUGCUCACCCAUCCCUCCAGAUUUAUACAUCUCUUCUCCGAGAGGCAAGUAGAAGACUAACCUCCAUGGAAAGCUGUUAUUAAAUUCUUGGCACUGGU